AUGGACGGUUGUCCAAGGCAAGCUGACUAUUUAACAUCGCCGAGUUUGUUGAAAAGGUUGAGGCAGUUUGUGGACAAGCAUUUUAACAUUGUCUCUGCUGCCUCCGAGGCCAGUCACAGGCAAGUCCCCGUUAAUGCUGAAAUACGGUCAACAUCUGAGUUUUCCACUCGAUCAGGAAAUUGGGUUGUGGAAGGCAACACGCUUGUCUCUGGAGGGGCUAGAAGAGGAAAAGAGGAAAGUUCGACUAAACUUGACCGCUGUUCAGGAAAGGACAUGAGAGAGUUGGCGCAAAGGUCAAGAGGAAGAGUCACCAGAAUCCUGGAAGGAGUGGACUGGGGUCGCGAAAACUGGGCAGUCGAUGGCAAGAUCAGUUUAUCGUUACCGACCACCACGGGGAAAGUCUAUGCGAAUCAAGACGGUCGAGGAAUGAAAAAUAGCAUGGAAAGAGUAAGAAUAUGGGAGAAAAGAGAGAAACGUCUCAUUCGAGAUCAUGCCAAGGGCAGUGCCAGUCUGAUGAGGCUAAACAUUUUGGGUGCAUUCGACAAUCGCGUAAACGAUAUCGACAACCAAGCUAUUGAGUUUCUCGCAGGAUUUGGCCCUCUUAUUGUCAGCAGCACAUCAACUCGGACGAUGCUAUGUUGCGAUCGCCUCUCAAAACGGUUACUAAACAGGGAAAAACAGAAGGUUCGGAUCAGCAAACACACAACAGCCACACUCUCGAGCAACGGGCGGCUAAACAAACCGGAGCGUGACUCAGCCAUCGCACUGUAUGCAUCAGCUGAAAAACAUCGAGUCGACCUUGUUAAAUUGCUACAAAAUCGCGAAUUGCGUGUACAGAAGUGCCCUGUUGAAUCAGUGCCUGCUCUCAAGUGGGGUUCUCGCAGUAACAAGGCUGUUGACUAUUUUUCUCCGUGUGCACAGACCGAACAGGAUGAAAGAUUCAGCUGCCGCAGGGUUCUUCAUGUGAAAAUCAAUGCAGGACAUCCGCCGGCUUUCAUAUUCACAUCUCCGAGUCUUUACCAGCAACUCUCCUCUUCUCCUUGGCUAGCGGAUACAGAGAAAGAAAUAGGCCGAUUCCCAGGUUGUUCUGGCAUCAAAUUUAAAAUUCCCAAAUUAUUUGACGACAUGUCGCUAAUUCGAACAGGAGCGAAACUGAAUUCUACAAGGGAAACUGUUUCCCCAGGAGACGGCAUAUACAAAAUUAUAUAG